GUUAGACUGGAAAUGACGUGAUUUGGAAUUUAACGCUUACAAUACAAGACUUUUAAAAGUUACUUAAAUUAAAUAAGAAAUAAGAAAAAAGAAAAGAAAUUUUGAAAGAAAGAAGAAAAUACAAAUAUAAGUAAAAAAAUUAAAACGCAAUAAUGAUGUUAUAGCAACAAAAACGAAGUGAAAUAAAUAAGAAACAAAAGUUAAUCCAUAGCAGUUUGUUAUAAAUUAAUUAUAGGUUUCUUAAUGAAACGUUGAAAAAAAGCAAUAAAAUCAAGAAAUACCAAAAAUACCUAAACGACAGAGAAAAAAGUGAAGAAACAAAGUGAAGUUAUUUGAAAAAAUAUUUAAUUAUUCAUCUGAAAGAAAUUUCAAAAAAACCCUAAAAAGUGAAAAUCAAUAAUAUUUCAAAAAUAAAACUCAUUUGCAUGAGUAGUUUUUACUAAAAAGAAUCUGUUUCAUUGACAUUGAUUGGAUUAUAUUUAUUUGAACAAAACAAAGUCACAGCAGAACUUUGAAAUCAUAGACCACACCAAGGAACAGUUAUUUAAUCAUAAUAAAAAAUCAGUCACCAUGAAAAUGGGCCGCUCACUGCGCUGCCUAUUUUGGGCCACACUAUAUUGUGUUCUAUAUCUUGUAAGUGCCACCGAUGAAGACUUAAUGGAUUUUGAUUUUACUGAUCUCAAAGAAAUUGAUUGGAAUUAUGAAAAUGAUAAUAGCAAAGAAUUGUUGCCUAAGGGAACCACAAAGGAAAACUUAAUCACUUUCGAUGAUGAUGAUGAUUUAUUGGAGGAAAAUCAAGUUCAUCCAUUUGAUUGGCGAGAAAAGGUUUUGAGAACAGCUUUGUCUAAGGCUUUAUCGAAUAAAGCAGUUCGACAAAAGUUUGUAGAGGUCAUGCCCAUAUUGAGAGUACUAUCGAAACAGCAGAGAUUGGCUUUAUCGGCUUUGAUAACGGCUCAAAUCAAUGCCAAAAAGGGUAAUGAACUAAAAUUGGAUCAGGUGCGCAUGAUGUUUGGUGAUGACAAAUCCCUAAUUUUGCCCAUAGUCUAUGAUAUAGCCAAUUUAGUACGCAAUUCGGCCAAGAAAUAUAUACAAUUCGAUUAUAAUUUGGCAGACUUUGGGGAUUUUUCUAAAACUAAAAUUUCCUAUGAAAGAAGAAAUCUAGAAUUAACUCCCGAAGAAAUGGCAGCAGAAGAAAAUAAUGAGGGUAUUGGCACCUUACCGGCCACAGCACAAAUGACUCAGGUCAUGGGCUUAGAUGGUUUGGAAGAUUUUAUGUCUGAAGAAGUUUUAGAUCCUAAAGAAAUUAACGAGGAAUUGGAACAAUUGAAAAGUUCAAACAAUGAUACCAAAUCUGAUUUAGAUAAUGUAAAUUUUGAUGAGGAAUUAGAAGAGGAGGAUGAUGAUAUCACAGAUCCUUUAGAUAUAAAUCAUCAAUUACAAAAGGAUGUGCCCACUUUGACUUUGUUGAAACUUAAUAAAACUCAAGAAAUGGAAAUGUUAACAGAUGUCAAUAGUACAACAGAGAAACCUAAAGAAGAAACCACCACAACUAGUACAACCCCUAAAAUUCCUUUAAGGCGUAUACGCAGAUCUUUAAGGAAAUCCAAAGAAUUUGUGCACAAACUGGUGAGGUCAGUGCCUUUAGCGGUAAAUGAGGAAGACUUGCAAAGAGGCUUAGCUGGUCGCACUUUAAGGCUAAAUACUACGGCCUUUGCUUCACCCAAAGAAACUUCAGCACGCCCUAAGACCCCAGCAGCCGCCUCCUCUACAUCUACCACAACUACCACCCAUGCUCCCAUAAUUGUUACACCCGAAACAGUGCAAGAGGAGACCUACGAACCCUAUCAGUUAGUAGAGGAUAUGGCUUUUGCCAGUUUAAAUGGCAGUGAAAUAUUUCUCGACGAUAGCGAAAGCCAAGAUAACGAUUUAAUAAGUGAGGGCAAAUCCGACGAUCCGGACGAAGAAAUUUUACCUACUCCCGAAGAGUUAAUAGCUGGACCACGUUAUCGUAUAGCGGGUAAUAAAUUGAUGCGUUCGAAAAUUUCAUCCGCCAAACGUAAACGUAUUCAGGUGCGUGCCAGACCAAAACAGGGAGCAGUAGGUAAUGGUGUACCAGCUCCUAAGAAAUGUGAACGUUUCACCGCUUCAAUGUGUAUAAAAACUGAUGAUUAUCCCAUAGACCAAAUUAUGGGCAGCAUAAGAAGACAUAGAAAUGCCAUGACCGCUUUAUUAGCAGAAUACAAUGAUAAGCCUUUAAAUUCGAUUGAUACAACUGAGGAUUUUGAUGAUUAUAUCUAUGGCAAAAAGAGACGUGAAGAUGAUAUACAAGGUGGAUUGUGUCAAAGUAUUGUACGCUAUGCUAGACCCCAGAAGGCCCGUUCAGCUUCAGGAGAAUGGAAAUAUAUAGUUAAUACUGGACAACAUACACAAACUUUGCGUUUAGAGAAAUGCAUGAAUCCUCAAGAAAGUUGCAGUUAUUUAUCGGGCUCUUAUCGUUCUCACUGUGCCCAGGUUUAUAACUAUCAUCGUCUAUUGAGUUGGGAUAAGACUAGAGGUCUGCAUGUGGAUAUCUUCAAAGUACCCACUUGCUGCUCUUGCCAAAUUGAUGGCUAUAAACAACAAUUCCCUGCCUUAACCUCUCAGGUGGAUCAAGAAGAAUUUACUCCGAUUUAUAAAGGAGAAUUGUAUCAGCAACAUCAACAAUACCCAUCACAUGAUUACAGUGAUGAUGAGGAGGAUGAAGAGGAAGAUUUAAAUUUCGCCUUACAACAUCAGCAUCAUAAGCAUGAUGCCAGUUUUGAUGCCAAUGAAUUAAGCAGUAAUAGGGUGAAAAGCCGCCUUCCUAGUCCCACUGUAGGAUCCUACUUAAGUCCUCCGGGUAAUGAGAAAUAUGAACAACAUUAUUUGUAUAAAAGCUCUAGGGAUACAGUCCCAAAUAGUCCCUCACAGCAACACUCCUCCUCCUCGUCUGUAAGUUCUUCAGCCUCUAAUAAACAUUAUUCCAGAGAGGUACAACAGCAACAACGUAGAAGACCCCAUAAAAGCUAUAGUGACAGUAGAUCGGAUCAGGACUUUUCGCCCAGUGAACAGCAUGCCGAAAGAGAGGUAAACGAUUUUGGUACAGCUAAAGGCAUAGAUGAGAGUACUCAUCAAAAACGUAAAAUAAUUUAUUCUGUAAUCCAAACAGCUAGCACCGGCAGUAGCGGCAUUAGCGACAGCAGCUCUACGGCCAUCCCAACCAGCACCGGAACCAUUCGUGCCUUCACAACGCCAUCCACUACAGUCUACCACAGUCAUACACGACAUAGACGACCCACCAUCGUUGAUACCAAUGCCCACCAAAAGCCACAAAUUACAGCAACAACUAUCAUACCAACAUCAACAACAACAACAGCAGCAGCUACAACAACAAUCGCAAGCACAAUACCAUCAUCUGCAAUUAGGGCAGCAUCUCUACCGACCCACUAUUACACCCGCUCACGACAUGUCCUCAAAAACCAAUCCCGCUUACUUAUACCAUACACGAUCACAUCAACCAACAAGGGAGGUGGCGUUGUCGAAAAGGACCAUGCAGCGGCCACGACAGAGUUCGGCGAAGAUGUCAAGACCACAACAACAACCGCAACCUCUUCAUCGUCAUCAUCAGCGCAGCCACCGGAUGUUUAUGCUGUAAAUCCGGAAAUUUUUAAAAAUCAUUAUAAAACCAAAUUUAAUUUAAACUACACUACCACACCAACGCUCACCACCUCAGCCACCUCCUCUGCCACACAUCCUCAACCACCGAAACGUAUAAAUUACAGUUAUCAUCCCAUAAUAGAUUUUUUUGAAUUCAAUCGUCUAGUAACAUCGUCAGCAAAAACCACCUCUCCCUCUACACCUCAAACUUCUGCGGUAAACACAGAAAACUCCUCCUCAUCCCCCACUAAAUAUUUGUCCUCCACUCAUAUGUAUCCCCAUAAAAUCUCCAAAUCUGUACCGGGCCAAAACUAUCACAGUCACCAACAUUCCUCUAAACAACAACAUAAUCAACAGCAACACAAACAAUAUCUAAAAUAUCGGACACAUCAAACUCAACGUAGAAUUGGUUACGGUGCUGCUGCUGCUGUUGCAGCUGCUACUGUUGGUGAUGGUAAUACUCCUGAGAUUAAUAGUGUUAGAAGUAGUGGUGUUGCCUUUAAUACUUCCCCACAAAAUACUAACUCUAAACUGCCUACUGUUGCAGUAUCCACCACCUUAGUUACCCCCACUGCUGGUGUAGAUGAUUAUGAGUCAUCAGUGCCAACGGAUGUUUGGCAUCCAGUGAUUUUGCAAGAUUUUUAAAAAGUCAUAAUCAUUAUCACUCAUACUCAUGCCUUAUUAUUUAAAUUCUUACUAAUAAUUGAUUUUAAUUUAAAUUAUUAUUUAUUAACUUAUUUAUU